AUUUUACCCUCCUACUUUCCCUUUUAAAAACCCUAAACCCUCCACAUUUCGCUCUGUUCCUUCUCUCUCUUUUUUAACCAAACAAAGUCUCUUACCUUUCUCUCGUUUACCUUUCAAUCAUGUCUUGCUUCAUUAGCAAAUAUGCCGAUGAGCUAGCUAAAAACGCUGCCUACAUUGGCACCCCUGGAAAGGGUAUCCUUGCUGCCGAUGAAUCCACUGGCACAAUCGGCAAGCGUCUUUCCAGCAUUAAUGUAGAGAAUGUUGAAGAAAACAGGCGUGCUCUCCGUGAGCUUCUCUUCACUACUCCCGGAGCUCUCCAGUACCUCAGUGGUGUUAUUCUCUUUGAGGAAACCCUCUAUCAAAAAACCGCUUCUGGGAAGCCCUUCGUUGAUCUUUUGAAGGAAGGUGGUGUACUCCCCGGCAUUAAAGUCGACAAGGGUACCGUUGAGCUUAAUGGAACCAAUGGUGAAACUUUUACCCAGGGUCUUGAUGGCCUUGCCCAGCGUUGCCAGAAGUACUACGAAGCUGGUGCUCGCUUUGCCAAAUGGCGUGCUGUUCUUAAGAUUGGCCCUAAUGAGCCAACUGAACUUGGAAUCCAAGAAAAUGCCAAUGGGCUAGCCAUGUAUGCUGCCAUCUGCCAGCAGUGUGGCCUUGUCCCCAUUGUCGAACCUGAAAUCCUUGUUGAUGGACCACAUGACAUUAAAAAAUGUGCUGAGGUGACAGAGCGUGUCCUUGCUGCUUGUUAUAAGGCUCUAAAUGACCACCAUGUCAUGCUUGAGGGUACACUUUUGAAGCCUAACAUGGUGACCCCUGGUUCUGAUUCCCCGAAGGUUGCACCAGAGGUUAUUGCCGAGUACACUGUCCGUGCCUUGCAGCGAACUGUCCCUCCUGCCGUCCCUGCUAUUGUAUUCUUGUCUGGUGGACAAAGUGAGGAGGAGGCUACCAUUAACCUUAAUGCCAUGAACAAGCUCCAGACCAAGAAGCCAUGGUCGCUUUCAUUCUCAUUUGGACGUGCCCUUCAGCAGAGCACUCUCAAGGCCUGGGCUGGGAAGGAGGAGAAUCUGAAGAAGGCCCAAGAUGCUUUUCUCAUUAGGUGCAAGGCUAACUCCGAGGCUACUCUUGGUAGCUACAAGGGUGAUGCAAGGCUUGGUGAGGGGGCUGCAGAGAGCCUCCAUGUCAAAGACUACAAAUACUAAGAAUUUAGGCUUGUGGUCUAAUGUGUCAUAAUUUGCAGAGUAAAUUGCCUUAUGGAUAUUAGGCUUUUAGGGGUUUUUUGGAGGUUUCUUUGAUUUCUCAUUGAAUUUAGCGGGUAAAAUGAGACAAAUAAGCUUGGGGAGCCUUUGUGCUCGUUGAGUGUGGAUGAGUUUUGUUUAUUUCAGUUAAAAACAAUAUUCUCUGCUUAUUAUAUAAAUGAGUUUAAGACCGCAUUUUAGCACAAACAUGAUUUGGUUCUAUUCUUUUAUUUUUGAUUGGUAUGGAAUUGUUGCUUUUCUUGAUUCGUUUAAUCAUAAUCCUAUUUACUACAUAAGACCCUCGAGAGCAAUCUUGAAAUGGCCGUUGCGGUAUUAGGUUGUGAACCAGUAACCGGGUUCUUUUUUUUGACAUGGUAAGUGAUGGAGAAGCUUUUCAUUCUGAUUAUUUCUUGGCAAAACCUUUGAUCAGAGAUAGGUGUUGC